AUGUGGAUGAAAGAUUGUGAUCAAUGUUCUACAGCAAAACUUGGAGGUUUACAAAUAUGGAUGCAACAUUUAACUGAUGAACAUGCAAUACCAACUGAAUGGCCUAGUGAUAGAGCAUCACGUUUAACUGGUUCUAAUGCAUUACGUCCAUAUACAACAAUAGCUGAAUCUAAAAAGAAACGUAGAAAAGAUAGUAUACCAAGACCAUUGAAUAGUUUUAUGCUAUUUGCGCAACAUAUACGUCGUAAUGUUCUACGUGUUUUCAGUGAUGCAUCAAAUUCUGUUAUCAGUCAACAAUUAGGAGAUUUAUGGCGUACUGUUCCAAGAAGUUGCCGUAAUCAAUACGAUGAUGAAGCGAAUAGAUUAGUGAAAAUUCAUCAAAUUGAAUUUCCCAAUUAUAAAUAUCAACCUAAAAAACGACAAAUCACAUCAUCGUCAUCCUCUUCCUCAUCAUCGUCAACAACAACAACAACCGCCACCACAACCACUGCGAAUACAUCAAGGAGUAAUAAUGAUCAAAUGCGUAUGCUUAAUCCAAAUCAAUUCCACAACACCACACAAACUCUUACUCAAUCAUCUAUAUCAAUGAAUAAUAUACGAGAAGAUCAAUUGAUAACAUCAAGCAAAUUAUUACCAACCAAUUUACUUAAAACUAGUACAGACUACAAUGUUGUUUAUUCUUCUUGUUCGUCUUCAUCGGCGUCGUCUUCUUCUUCCUCUUCUUCAACUGUAACAAAUAAACUACCAACUUUAUCUAAUCGUAAUUAUUCCAUACCCUGUAUAUCAUCUAUGAAUAGUUCUGUUGUUAAGGGUCAAACUACCAAUGGUAAUAAUGAAUUGAUGAAUAAUUUUAUGACAAGUCCAUCAAAAUUAGUAUGUAAUACAAUUUAUGCUAAAUUAGAACCGAAACCAUUAAGUGUGAAUAUUAUCAAUACUACUAAUAAUAGUAGUAUACCUAUGAAUAACAAUAAUAAUACUACUAACAGUAGUCAAACCUUAUCAUUCAAACCAACUAUACAUAGUUUAUCAUCAGUGUUACCACCUCUUAUAACUUUGUCAUCAAAUCAUCAUCAUCAUGCACAUCAUCCACAUCAUCAUCAUCAAACAAAUGGAUUAAUGAAUGAACAAUUUUCACUUGGUAUAUGUGAUUCAGCCUAUGCAUCUGGAAUUAAUAGUUCAUCAUCAUCAUCAGCAGCAUCAUCUCCAGCUGUAGGUGAAUUAAUUUCACCAGCAAAAUCAUAUUCAUCAACUUUUUCAUCACUUUCAUCAUCAUCAACAUCAUCAUCAUUAUCUAAUAUGAAUAUAAAACAAACAAAACAAUCACCAAUACGACGUAAAAUUCAUUUUAUACCAAUUAGACCACAAUCACAACAAUUACCACCUGUUGGGAAUCAACCAACACGUCAACGUUUUCUUUCUGCAAAUAAUGGUAUUACUACUACUAACAAUACUACUAAUAAUAGUAAUAUAUCAACUAUUGGAAAUGGUUAUAUUCAAAUGAAUGGCUUUCAAUUUAAAUCCAACUCUGAAAAUGUUAUUAUACUUCCAAGAAAAUUAAAUGAUUUACAUGUUGAACAAAAAGAUGAACAAUUAACUGAUGAAUUGAUGAAUGAUACUCUUAUACUUCAAGAGAACAAUAAUGAUAAUAAUAAUAAUAGAAUGGUAACCACUGAUAUUUUAACACCAGUUUAUAUUCAAUUAGAUCAUGAAGGACAAAAUCCAUUGACAGAAGGUUUAAUGUUAACUUUACCACCUGGUACAACAUUCAUUCAAGCGAAUCAUGAUUCUGUGAAUCGUGGUAUUCCAUUGAAUAAUAAUAAUACAAUAUCAAAACGAUUUUAUAUUACGAAUGGUAAUCGUAUGAUACCAGCUAUAUCGAAAUCGGUACAAAUUUUACAACCAUUAAAAGUAAUGAAUGUGAUACAUCAUCAUCAUCAUGUUCAUUCAAAUCAUUCAUCAUCAUCUUCAGCAACAACAACAACAACAACAGCAACAACAACACCAUUAUCAUCAUCAUUAUUAUCAUAUCCAGAACCUAUUCUAUAUAGUCCAUUAAUGAGUAGUUCAGAAUUAUUAUCCUCAUCAUCAUCAUAUAGUUGUAAUUCAUCACCGAAUUCAAUUGUAUCACCAUUAUCUGGUGAUGUAUUUCUACCAAUGCAACAAGUUGAAAUGAUGUCAAAUUCUACACAUUUCAAUACAUAUGAUCAACAAUCAACAUGUAUGGAUAUAUAUCAAUUUAAUGGACAAAAUCAAUUAGAUAUGUGUAUAGAAGAAGAAGAAGAAGAAGAAGAGCAAAGGGUACACGAAGAAGUAGAAGAAGGAGAACAAAUUCUUAUUGAUGAAAGAAGAAUAACACAACUUCAUUCAAAGAAUUUAGAUACAAUCACCAAUAUUAUUAGUAUAGAUGAAUGUAUGGAUGCUGUAAAUAAUGAUACAUUUAUAAGUAAUACAAAUUCUUCAGGUAUUCUACAUAAUUGGUCAUCAAAUUUACCAUUUAGUGAAUCAAUGUUAAUGUCAUCUUCAACAUCCACAUCAACAUCAUCAUCAGGUUCAUUAUUAUCAUCAACUGGAUCAUCAUCGUCAUCCUCAUCGUCGUUGCCAUUAACAACAACAAAAACAAUGAUCACUAUGAAUAAUAAUGAUUAUGAUCAUAAUGAGCAUGAUGAGGGUAUAGGUGCCUCAAAUCGACAUCUACCAUUAACUAUUGAUAUUAUGAAAUCAACAAAUGAAAAUUUCAUCACCUUAUCAUCUACAUCUUCAUCAACGAUCACUACUUUAAAUCCUCCGCCUAAUCAUCAUCAUCAUCCACAUCAUCUUCAUCAUAAUAGCAGUAUAUCUAUUGAUAAUGAUUUAAAUGAUACUGAUUUCUCUAUUACAAAUGAUAAUGAUAAUUUUGAUUCAAGUUUUGAUGCAAUGAUGAAUUCGAUUGAUAUUACAACUUUUCUACCUGGUACAUUUCAAACAAAUGAAGAACAAGAUCAAUCAAUACAUAAUGAUUAUGAUCAUGUACAAUUAAAUUCAUAUCGUCAUAAUCAACAUGAAUUCAUGAAAAUGGAUGAAUUUGAUGAAUCAUGUCAUAUAAUCAAUGAUGUCAUAGCAACAACAACAACAAUAACGUCAGCAACAACAGUAGCAACAAUAGCAUCAUCAUCAGCAGCAGCAACAGCAGUAGCAACAGCGGCAUCAUCAUCAUCAUCAUCAUCAUCGUUUAUGAAUAAACCGACUAAUUCACAAUUAUACAAUGUUAUUAGAUCUGAUAUUGAUUUGAUUCAUUAUAAUCAUUUAGAGAAUGAAAAUCGUACAGUACGUAUUAUUUCACCAUUACAAAAAAUUGGUAAACAAUCAUCACUUACAUAUUCACAUCCAAUAUCAUCAUCAUCAUCAUCGUCAUUACAAGGAACACAAUGUUCCAUCUCUCUAUCAUCAUCCUCAUCAUCCACCUCCUCCUCAUCAUCGUCGUCAACUUCAUCGGUAUUAAGAAUGAAUUCAUUACAUGAAUUAUUAAAUAAUUCACCACAAGUAUGUUCAUCUACAUUGGCAGAUUUGGAUUCAUUAGAUAAAUCUAGUUUAUUUAUUAUUAAACCAGAAUGGUCUGUAUUCGCUUAA